AUGGACCUUUCCUCAUCAUCAGAGUUAAGUAAGGAGAUGAUAUUACGAAAUACUAGGGUAGUGGCGCCUAUUAUUAGAGUACGACUAUUGCAGGUUCCAAGAGUGCGGCAGCUAUCAUUUGACCACAAUGCAAUUAUUACGACAUUCACUGAAUCUUUUCAAACUAUACAUGAAUAUUCGAAUUUGCCCUGGUGGGCGCUUAUUCCAAUAACUACAUUUGUUUUGAGAUCCGUAUGGACAUUACCCUUGGCUAUUAUGCAAAGGAAAAGGAUCCAGAAACAAAGCUCAUUGAAGCCGCUCAUUAGCGCCCUUGGUCCUAUACUCAAGAUGAAUCUUGCAAAAAGAGUUCAAAAAGCCAAAACCCAAGUGGAAAAAGUAGAUAAAGCAGGUAUGGAUUACUCGCAAGUUACACAAGCGCCAUUGGCCAAUAUGACAUAUGAGCAAAUAUUGCUACUAUCUACUAAAGAAGUUAGGAAGCGUCAAAAACAAUUGUUCAAGAAACACGGUGUAGAGCUUUGGAAGAAUUUCAUCCUUCCAACGUUCCAAAUCCCACUUUGGAUUAUUAUGUCUUUGACUAUGAGAGACUUGAGUGGCUGGUCAUCCUGGGACAAUGUACACAACAAGGCACUUGAUUCAAGUUUGUAUACAGAAGGAUGUCUCUGGUUCCAGGAUCUAACCGUUGCCGACACGCUACAUGUAUUUCCCGUGAUUUUGGGACUAAUUACUUUGUGUAAUAUCGAAUGGACUUUCAAGACCUUGGAACUCUCAAGGUUGGUGCGGCGUGUGAAAUAUAGGCCAACUUUAACUGAUGCCGUGGCUAAUUUUGCGAGAUUAUCGAUAGUUUUCAUGAUGGCCAUAUCGAUUCACGCACCUUCUGCAUUGACUUUGUACUGGUUGAGCUCGCAGUUAAAGUAUGACGAUAAUACCAAGACUUUUGAAGAAUUAGACCAUUGGAAAGAGAAGGAUCUACCUUGCUUGCUCAAGAAACGAUACCAAGGUUCAGAAGAGGUGACAACAUAUUUGACUAAAAGUGAAUUGAUCAAUUUAAUGGAUUGGAAAUUGAACAAGGGCACCUUUAGACCAUCGCUACCAAAGUUGAUCAAGUCAAAUGACGAGGAGGCUGUAAAGAAAGUUACUGAAAACGGCUAUAAAAUCAUUAUUGACUAUUUCAAGUCAUUACCUCGCGACUUUUGGUCGAGUGAGACUACAAUCGAAGCUCAGCAAACUUAUUCAAAGACAAUCCGUACUGCGUUUAAGAAGUUAUGCGAGUUGAGAGGUGUUGGGCCUGCAACGGCAAGUCUUGUUCUCAAUUGUUUAACUGGAAUCUACCCAAACCUCACACCGCCAUUUUUCAGCGAUGAAAGCUUUAUUUAUUAUGUGAUUGAUCCAUCAAGACCAGACACAAAGAUUAAGUAUAGUGUCAAAGAAUAUGCAGAUGAGUUGCUACCGGUAUAUUUCGACUUAAUGAGGCAAAUUCCAGAUUACACAUUGCACGAUUUGGAGAAAGGCGCUUGGUCGUUGAAGUAUUAUGACAUGUAUCGUGACGAUAAACUUAUAAACGUGGCUAAUCCUUUUGACAAAAAGGAUGAGGGAUGGAAUAAAUUCGAAAAGAAGAUCUCCUCUUCUCAGACCAACCUGAGUCGAAAAGGAAAUGCUUCUAAUUCAAAAGAUGAAAUAGACCCACCUAAAAAGAAAAGAAAAGAUGAGGUAGACCACUCACCUAAAAAGAAAAGAAAAGUCAAGUAA